AUCGUAUUCUAAUCGACUAAUCAUAAACAUGAGUAAAUAACAUUGGGUUGACACAUAACCUCAACACUUGUCAGCGGACUCCGUGUAUUCACGUCUCUUGUUCGCUGCCUUUCUAACACAAUCAUAACUGGAUUAGAAAUUGCAGCUCAUUGAUUUUCGUGUCCUUCCCUUUUCUUCGAACUUUUCGCUCCAUGCGUCAUUAAUCAAUUUCGACAAGUUGUAAUAUUACGUCAAUUUAACAAAAGUGCUAUGAUAAAAAGUUGAUCACUUUGGCAUUUGCCGGUUCAAUCGGCAUGACAUUUGUUAUCUUGGGCUGCGCACUUCCAGCAUACCAAGCAUGGUGGCCCCUCUUUGUAGUAUUAUUCUACAUCUUAUCACCAAUUCCAACAUUGAUAGCGAGACGUUACACAGAGGAUUCCGGAAGUAGUAGCAAUCCCUGCCUCGAAUUGGCAAUCUUCGUUACGAUGGGAUUCGUUGUAUCAUCCUUUGCUCUGCCUAUUGUGUUAGCACGUUCACCAGAGAAUGACCCAACGAUAAAGUGGGGCGCGUGCUACCUGACCUUGGUGGGAAACGUAGUGGUAUACUUAACUCUGCUCGGUUUCUUCAUGACCUUUGACCAAGACGAUACUGACUACAGCAUGUGGUGAUCUGUUUGAAUACCUUGCCGUUGUCCAAAAUGUUUUCAGAUUUUAUCUCAAGAUCUGCGAAGAUGGUCCAUCAGAAUGGAAUAUAACGAAUUGUGUGACCGCCGUUUAAUUCUGACUUUGUUUAAAACCGCUAUUGUACAUUACUUCCACGUAUAACGUGUGUAAUUUUGUGCGUGUUGAUAACGGUAAUUAUCAUAAAAGUAUAGGCAAGGUAUCGCUGCAAAAUUCAGUAUCACUGAUUCACGUAAAACUUGUACUAAUACCAUAAUUAAAUAAAAAAAUAACGACGGAAACAAGUCAUAUUCGUGAAAUUAUACAUAAAGGUUUUAUUAAUCGCUAAACACAAAUAGCAAUUAACUGUAUUAUGUAUAUCUGUCCUUAUCAGUUUAAUGCAACUAGUCUAUAUUGUGAAUUUAAUGACGAGUAAAAGUCAUGUAUAAAAAAUAAUACAAACCUAUGAUAAGAAAUCUCACGUUCGGUGAAACUCACACAUGAUCAAUUAUCACGCGGCAAAAUAAUUAAGUUUAAAUAGAUUAUUUGUGUGAAAUUGUGGUCAGUGUAAAGCUUCAAUUCUCUUGUUUGUAACGUACUAUGUCGUGCAAUACUAUAUACAAAAAUCAAACUUAAUGCCGGUACAUAAGAAUGUAGGUACAUUGUCGUAUUGAUCGUAAGGUAAUUUAAUUAGAUUUGUUUGUACAUUUUUCAAAAAAAAAAAAAAAAAAUGAUAACAUAUAUACAUAUAUACACAUGCCUGUCCACUUUUGUACUAUAAUACAAAAGAUAAAAAAAAAAAAACAAAUUGAUAUGAGUUAAAUUAAUCACAAACAUGAUAUUUUCUCAUUCCUCAACGAAUAACUCUUAUGUGUUUACGUCUUAGAAAUGCAUGGAAGUUGCAAUUAUUGUUAAAACUUUACAAAAAAGAACUGCUAGUUAUUAACAUUGAUACAUAAAAUGUGAUGCGUACCUUAAUAUUAGUACAGUUACAGAAAAUUACUAUGAUAUCCUCAUGUUUGUAACUUUGGAACUUUUGAAUUGCUGCUGGUUGAAAAUAUGUUUCAGUAUUCGUGGGUUCAUUUUUCAACCGUUAAUUUGUCCAUUUUUCUUAAUGCUAUAAACAUUUGUACUGACUUUGCACAAAUAAAUACGUAUAACAGAUGUUCAAACAAAUUUUCCAUCAAAGUAAAUACGAUUUACCCACCUAUUAUUUGAUGGAAUAACAGUGUCAUGGGUUUCUUGGGGUAAAAAAAAUGUCACUGUAUGCCUUAAAUACGACGAAAGAAACACCUGUUUCAACCGAAUAAAGAAACUGAGCAAACUCGCAUGAAAAUAGUGAUUACAGGAAAACAGAGCAUCAUCAGAUUACAAAAAAUUCAAAUAAUAUGAUCAAUACAUACGUACAAGACUUAAGAAGCCUGUCACGGAUUAUUAAAAAAUUUCGUUCAGUUGAACGAAUAAAAAUGAUAUUAGGGAAAAUAGAAUAAUAGUUUGCAAAGACUGAAUGCUUAUAUAAUUUUGAUUUAUUUUGUUCUCAUAACGCAUUCAAGAUAUUUGCACGUAUGGUAUUGUAUUUACAAUAGGUACCUAUCAAAAUAUAUGUGAAAGUACAUUGUUCACCUUACAAACUCUAUGAAACCGUUUUGCAAAUCGUUUGUUCCAGUUUUUCUAGCCUUUUAAUUAUAGUACCUGAAAUUUCUUCGACAUUUUUAUGAUUAUUCAUUUUAUAAACUACGUGAAAUCAUUUUGCAAAUUGUUCGUCCCUGUUACUCUUGUUUUUAAUCAUUGCAUGUUAAACGUCUUCAAUACUUGUAUCAAUAUUCACAUUAUAAACUAUGUGAAAUCAUUUUUGUAAUUGUUUGUGCCUGUUUUUCUUGUUUUUUUAAUCGAUAUAUCAUUAAUUUUGUUAAUAGUUGUAGCAUUAUUCGCCCCAUCAAUUGUAUGAAAUCAUUGCGCAAGGCGUUUGAUUUUGGUUUUCUUGUUUUUUAAUUAUUACAUCAUUAAGUUUUUCAAUACUUGUAUCAUAAGUUCAAUUUAGUAUUAUGCGCAUCCCGUAGUAUAGCAUGCGUUCAAUACAAGUGGAAUGUACGAUUAAUUUUAAUAAGGGAAGGUCUAGCAUAUUGCUCGGUGUUCUGAUGGUUUUAUCUAUUCACUCUUCAUUCAUACAUAUGCGUGCCAUAAAAAGUUCCUUAAAAAAUGGAAUAUUCAUCAUUUAAGUGGAAGUACUUUGCUAAUGAAUGGAAUUUGAGUUGGAAUGUUGAGUUUGAUUGAACGGAUUUAUAAUUUAUAAAUCAAAAGCUG